AUUUGUGUUACCAUGUACAGAUGAAAAGUAACUAUUUUUGAAAGGUUCUUGGCACUGUACAGACUACAGAUUUCUUAAUCUAAAUACAUAGUCAGUCACAUACAUACAUACACCCAUUAUAUCAUAUUUUUCUGACAGCUACAGCUAUGAUCUCAAGAGUACUUCAGAGAUGGCUUGCCAGUAAGGCCCACCUUCAGACUAAGAAGUAUUUGCAGGCAAGUGGCUUGUGGCCAAACAAAAUCCAAGGAUUUCAGAUAUCCAGUGCACACUAUGAUGAAAGUCCACCCAUGAGACCCACUCUAACUACCAGUUAUGUUCAUGGAGCAUCCCACAUUCCACUCAUAUCCAAAACUACAGGACAAUGUCUGGAAGAGACAACAAACAAGUUUCCAGAUCGAGAGGCUGUGGUUUUUGUAAGGGAAGGAAUCAGAAAAACAUUUGAGCAGUUUAACAAGGAUGUAAACCAGCUGGCAGCUGGACUGUUAGCCAUUGGUCUGAACAAGGGGGACUGUCUAGGAAUGUGGGGUCCAAACUCCUAUGAGUGGAUAUUGCUUCAGUUUGCAACAGCCAAAGCUGGAAUAAUAUUGGUCACAGUAAACCCAGCAUAUCAAUCCCAAGAACUUGAAUACAUUCUGAAAAAGGUUGGUUGCAAAGCCCUAGUAUUUCCUACACAGUUUAAAACCCAGAAUUAUUAUCAACUACUACUAAAGGCCUGCCCAGAGCUUGAGAGAUCCAUUCCUGGAGAUAUUCAGAGUGUAAGGCUGCCAGGACUGAAGGCAGUAAUUGUGCUGGACAGUAAACCACCAGGUGCAUUUCAUUUGGAUGAGGUGAUGCAGGCUGGAAGCACGAGUUUUGUGCAGCAGCUUCAGGAGCUACAGAAAGCACUGUCCUUUGAUGACCCAAUCUGUGUUCAGUUCACCUCUGGAACUACUGGAAACCCAAAGGGUGCAACCCUAACACAUCACAGCACUAUAAACAAUGCAAGAUUCAUGGGCCUCAGACUUGGGUAUCAUUGGCGGGUUAUGCGGAUCUGUGUUCCAGUUCCCCUGUGCCACUGCUUUGGGACAGUAAUUGGAGGAUUGAUGAUGGCUGUCUAUGGAGCUACUCUGAUCUUCCCAUCUCCAUCGUUUGAGGGAAAAGCUGCACUGGAGGCCAUCCAUAAAGAAAAGUGUACAAUCAUAUAUGGGACUCCAACAAUGUAUAUUGAUAUGUUAUCACAGCCGGACUUCUCAAAGUAUGACCUGUCAAGUUUGGAAGCAGGCUUUAUUGGAGCAUCACUAGUACCAAAAGAAAUAUUUAAGAGGAUUAUGACUGAAAUGCAUUGUAAAGAACUUGCAACUGUUUAUGGAACAACUGAGAACAGCCCCUCUACAUUCUUUAGCUUUGCAAAGGAUGAGCUUAGAAGGAAGACUGAAACAGUUGGGUACAUUGCACCUCACACAGAGGCUAAAAUUGUGGACCCCAUUACAGGGCUUAUAGUACCUCUAAACACACCUGGAGAGAUCUUCAUCCGUGGUUACUGCAACAUGUUAGGCUACUGGGCUGAUCCAGAGAAAACCGAAGAAGCUAUAACUGCUGACCGAUGGUAUAAAACAGGAGAUCUGGGUAUCUUAGAUGAAUUUGGGUACCUUAAAAUUGUGGGCCGCUGUCGUGACAUGAUCAUCCGAGGAGGAGAGAACAUUUAUCCUGCUGAGACUGAACAAUUUCUGCAUACACAUCCCAAGAUCCAAGAGGCACAGGUUGUGGGUGUGAAGGAUGAAAGGAUGGGAGAAGAAGUCUGUGCUUGUCUACGUAUAAAAGAAGGAGAAGUAGUCACAGCUGAUGAGAUAAAAGCAUUCUGCAAAGGCCAGAUUGCCCAUUUUAAAAUCCCUCGAUAUGUGGUGUUUGUGAAAAGCUACCCCAUGACUGUCUCUGGGAAGAUUCAGAAGCACAUUCUGAGAAAAGAAAUGGAGAAACAUCUUGGACUCUGAACAUCAUCAAUAACACCACGAUACUCAUUUAUGAGUUGAAAGAAUCUCUCCUAGCCCAUAUAACAACUUGGAUGGCAUCUGCACAUUUCUGGUCUCAUUCCUUCCACUACCCAUUAUCCUGGCUCAUUGUAUUUCAUUUACUUUGGAUUAGUUGACUUUAUGGACUUUAUAUGCCCUGUGGAUACAGGCAUGUGGAAAACAAUAUAAAACACUUACAAUUAUCGAUGAAUUUCUACAUUUAAAUAUUCUCAUUGUUUUGUUAAUGUUAGAUACUGGAAUGCUGUGCAUAUUUCACCUGAUUUUAUAGUCUGUCAUCCCUACUUAAAGAACAGCUUGGACCUUUUCCUAUUUCAGUACUGUGACAUGACUGUUUGUAUUUCUACAUUUUCUCAUUUUUUAUGUAUGCAUUGCUUUUAAAUGGUGACAGAUCCAUGCGAUAACAGCUCCCUAUCCCACUUUUAGCUACAUUCACCCUGAUCUGUCACUCUCUUUUCAGAUCAUACCUGUUCAGUUAUAUGUUUUUUGAAAAGUGCUACUGUUAAGAACCACAAUGAGCCUUUAGAUGCAUCUGAAACCUUUGGUUGCACCCCACCACCCUGGCUGCUUUUAUUAAUAUAUAUUAUUUUGUACCAUAAUUCUCUCUUUUUAGUCUUUACCUGCAUUAUUCUAGCUGCCUUUAUCAAGAAUGGGUCAGUCAUGUCAAUGUCCUCAUACACACACACACACACAUAC